AUGACGUCUGCUCCGACAAUCAAACGGUGGGAGAAACACCAGCUGAAGUUUGCUGGCCAGGGAACUUUAGACGGUAUUAAAAUUCUGGAAGACGAUGAGUCGGGCGAUGUCAAGUGCUAUCGUUAUACAGGUGUUAGAUAUGCACAGGCGCCAGUGGGACCACUGAGGUGGAGACGGCCCCAGAAGCUGAGCAAGACGUAUGAUUAUACAGGCGACUACACGAGUUUUAAAACGGUGUGUCCUCAGCCUUCCUUGAGCACGAUCUCGGCGAAUGAUGAUAUUGUCUAUGACGAGGAUUGCUUGUUUGCCAACAUCUGGGUACCAGGAGGAACUCCUCCUAAGGAAGGAUGGCCAGUGUUGUACUUUAUUCAUGGAGGAUUUCUUCAAGUAGGAAGUCCUCAUCAUUAUCGCCAGGCAGAUCCGCAAGACCUCUUGGCCAAAGACUCAAAAGCAAAAUAUAUAAUCGUGGCAGCCGGAUACCGGCUCAAUCUGUUUGGAUUCCUUUCGUCCAAAGAGCUGUUAGAAGAGGACAAAUACAACUCGAAUUUCGGGUUCUGGGACCAACGAAUGGGUAUGGAAUGGGUAUAUGAGCAUAUCCAUCAUUUUGGUGGUAAUAAAGACAAUAUCACAGUAGGAGGACUCAGUGCUGGGUCAUACAGUGCUAUCUUCCAACUGGCAUAUGAACUGUAUCACCCAGAAGUAACGCAAAUCAUCAAACGGUCGCUGUUAUUAUCCAACGGACUGGCAAUUCAGCCAAACACAGUUGACAAAACACAAGACCAGUUCGAUUCUCUGCUAAAAGAACUGGAUAUUCCUAAAUCUCUGAGUGCUAAAGAGAAGCUUGAAAAGCUGAGAAAAGUGCCUUUUGAGUCUCUAGUCAAGGCAAUUGACGGUCUUGACCGCCAGACUUUCCGAGCUAUAACUGACACAUACUUUGUCUCACCGACACUGUUUGACGAUAUAUAUUCAGGAAAGUUUGGUGAACUUGUUAACACCAGCGGACGAAGUUUGAUGAGCGGAGAAGUCGACAACGAGUGGCUCAUCUACUCCCUGACCAACGCUCCUGACACAGUAGACGAACUGGCUGCCAAAAUCGAGAACUACUAUCCUCGACCCGUAACUAACGCUCUCAUCAAACACUACCCAACACCCAAACCCGACGAUGACGACGACUUGCAAAAAGUUUUUGGCGACAUUGUCAGCGACAUGCAAGUGUACGUCUCGUCGCGACUUCUCGUGAACAGUCUUGCCAAAGCAGGCAUGACCACCGACAGAGUAUUCCGGUACCGAAUCGCUUUUCGCGGGCAAUACCUCGACAAAUACGCACCUCCCGAGUUCCGGGUUCCUCAUACAGGCGACAUCGGCAUCUGGUUCUACACCGCGUUCGACGGCAUCACCGACGACGAAAAACCGCUCUUUCAGCAGUGGCUCGAGCCCGUCGCCGAAUGGAUCACCACCGGCACUACCGCCAAAUGGGGCACCCGCUCCAUCACCGACCUCCGCGUGUUCAACCGCGACGGCACCAUCACCAUCACCCCCGACGACCGCUGGGACUGGGCCAUGACCGUCGGCCGCGUCGUGUCCUCGGCGCUCUCUCCGGGGUCUAAACUGUAG